ACGAAGGUCGGGUUCUCGAGCCCAGACUAGAAAGGGUUCUGCUACUUUCGAAUUCAUCAAUGAGCGAACCUGAUGGUGUAGACGGCCUAUCGACCGUCUCUUCUCAUCAUGAUCAUCUUCUCAAUGAUCUUGAGUCAAGUGAAGGGCAACUGGGGCCUACGUUGAGAGCUGUUUAUGAGAGCGGUCAGCAGACUGACUUUAUGGCAAGACUCGAUAGUCGCAUACGCACGCACGACAAGGAUAUAGAAAGAAUGUGUAAUCAUCAUUACCAGGGAUUCAUAGAGUCAGUCAAUGAACUUUUGAAAGUGCGGGCUGAUGCCAGGAAACUGAAAGUUCGUGUGAAAGAGGCGAAUGAUGAGAUUACUGAUACUGCGAAACAGCAUCUGCUUGUGUUUACACAAUGGCUGUUGGAUGAUCCCAGCAGUACAGCUGCAUUGUUUGCUUGUCAUCUCAUACCGCUAAACAGGAAUCCUGGGAUCCAUCCUGUAGGAGUAUGUGAGACAGUACGCAGAAUUAGUGGAAAGGCUGUUAUAUCUACACUUGAAUUUGAGAUCCAAACAGUUUCAGGAGCCAUGCAACUCUGUGCCGGGCAAAAGGCUGGUGUGAGGCUGCUAUUCACUCCAUGCAUUCCAUCUUUGUAA